AUAGUGUGCCAAACACCUCAUUUAUCAUGAAUUUGUGUAAGAAUUACAAUAAAGUGUCCUUUUGGUGUAGAAGUGAACACUAUCAAAUAUGAGUUGGUCAUGAAAAUCAGCAAACAUAAAUUGGCCUUCAAGAGUAAUAUUAAUUCCGAAAAUCUAUGUAGCUCAGUGAUAGAUUCCAUGGAAAUAAUAGAUGUAUUCUGGAAAUUAUUGCAAUAAUUGUUUAAAAGGAGACUUGUUUCCUGGAGAUGUAAAUGGAGACUUAGCCCGAGGUUGCCUAAGUGAAAGCCUUAAAUUUCGUAGGAUGUUCGUGGUACCAGCGGUAGUGAUUGUUUUCUUUGAGUCUGUUUCACAUCAGCCCUAUAAAACUGCAGAUUUGCACUUGCAAAUUCGCAUGCCUGGAAUGAGCACACAACAUUAUGUUCAGAGUAUGGUGGAUGAUACUUGCCAAUUUUACACACAGCAAAUGUCAAAACCAGGAACGUGGUGUGACAAUAUAAUUAUCCUGGCAGUAUCCAAUGCUUUUAACUGUAUUGACUCGAACGCAUUCAGUUAAUCCAUGAUUAUUACUAGUAAUAAGCAUGUUUUGUAUGCGUCUAUUACUGAAGUCUCCUAUCCGUUCUAAGAGAGCAUUGUAUGAUGAAACUCUGUCGUUUAAAAUGACCCUAAGAAUACGUUUGUUCAAUGUUUCUAACUUAUCCCUAUUCCUAGAGUCGCAAAAAUGCCAUAUAGUGGAACAAUAAUAGAAAUGUGGCACGAUAAGCUCUUUGUAGAGACGUAGUAAUAUGGUCCAGAAUUUCCAUCUUUUUAUUUUUCAUAUUCUUCAUUUGAUCUACACCCGUGUGUGAUCCGAAGUUUGGGCAGACCUCAGGCUAUCCAAUAUGAGAAAACCAUAGUCUGGUCUAAAAUGCAGGGGCGGUGUGCUCUUUUUAGUCUAAGGAUAUUAUUUGUUUUUGUUUAUUUUCAGAUUAUAGGCUACCUCUCGUUGUCAUCGUCGUAAGCCCAAGCCAUUUGUCUAUGGUCGCUACAUCACCAGUAGCAGCUACAUCUGAAAGCAUAGUUACAGUGCCUAUAAACCAGGAGCAACCACAGUCUGAUCGCCAAGAUCUUCAGAUGGAGUCUUACAUUUGGAGAGUUAUUCUUUCCCCUGCCUUAAACGGACUUCAAAGUCUUCUAGAGUACUUGAAAGUUCAGCUUGGAGUCAGUGUUGCAAACUGCAGAGUAGGAAGUUUGAUGAUAACAGUGACAUGCAGCUCACUACAAAUCCUUGAAGGUCUGUGGAAAGAUUACAGCAGCGGCCAUCUCAAUAAAGUGGUCGAGCAAACACUUGUAACGCCGGAUGUUUUGGAGAAGCUUGGGCUUAGCGAGCUCAAACUAAAAACCACAAUAUCAGAGGAAGAGUACAACAAAUGCAAAGAGUUCUUGUUGAAUGAACAUAAGAGUUACUCUACCCCGGAGCAAGGUCGACGGAAUGCCCAAGAAGAGAAUGAAAGAAGAAUGAGAGAGUUGCGUGACGAGAUGGAGAGAGAGAGCAUCAACAGGCGUUGCAUGACGAACAAGAACGCGCGAUAAUUGAACACGAAGAACAGAGAGAACAGUUGGAUCGUCAAAGACGUGAGAGGGAGAAAACAGAAAGAAAACAAAGAGAAGAACAAAGGCUACUACAACUUAGACUUGACUUGUUGAAUUACGAUUUUCAUAAGUGCCCCAGAAUCAAGAAAGAAGCUUUUCAGAAUUUGGAGGUAGACGACAUUGAUUUGAUACGCAUUGCUUUGAUUGGACCAACAGGCUCUGGGAAAACAAGCCUUGUGGGCACGCUGCAGCGAGCUAUUGGAGAGAAUCAGACCGCCUUUGAGCAAGGAACAGGAAAAGAAGGCAAUAUUAUUCUUGAAGAAUACUUCGUGCAGAAUAAUAUCCGGAUUGUCCACACCAGAGGAUUUUUUGCGAGAGAUGAAAAGCUUCAAGAUGAGGUGCUUGAUAUUAUGACGGGAAGGUAAUGGAUUACUUUUCAGGCGUCACUUGCAUUAGAAUGGGACAAUCGCGUGUGGAUCACGGCCUAACAGGAUCUCAACGAGAGGGUUACCCUCGACGGUUGACGGCUAAACAAAAUAUGGCUUUUUGACGGUUGACCUUUAAAAUUUUGGUCGACGGUAAAAAGUUUUCGAUUUUUAUUUGACGGUUGACGGUUAUCCUAUUUGACAGUUAAUUAGCCUGCGAGUAAUGAAGAGCAAAGCGAUCCGGCGAAGGGAGUCUGGUGAAGAGGUGCCUCUUUCUCGUCUCGC